AUGAACGGCAUUCUGAAUGAACUCAGUGACUUUCUGCACUACAAUCGAACAUCCCUGCCACAUAUACUCGCAGCCUUGGCUGCCCCCGGGAACUCGAGUCACCCACUUGCCUGGACCAUCCGCGAGUACCUUCCUGUGGUCCUGAAUGCAUUCCUCCAGGGCCCAGAGCCUACACGGCUACUAGAGUGGGCAGUCCAUGUUGCUUCAAAUGUCUAUCAAUCCGAGAUCUGCAAGCUUUCGCAGUUGGACCAACAGCUACACUUCAAUGCGAACUCUGCUUCGCCGGAAAAGCUCGAGACAUUCACCAUACGACAACUCGCGGUGACAAUGGAAACGAACGCACCGCAUGUCUGGCGCCUAUUCGAUGUAAUGCUUGACGCGGACAGCGAGCUCAACCCUGCAAAGCGCCGCGCGCUUGUUGACACGGAGGAUGCGGAUCUUGAUGACGAGGAGGAAGUUUAUUGGGCGGAACUUGAUGUCUACGAGGAGCUGCUGCUCGGUGACGAGACGGCGCGGUCAUCCUACGGAAUGGAAUCAGCCGCUAGGAUGACGGAGGCACCUGUACGUACUACCCGUUCAAAACCCGAGAGCCUGCGGACACGAAAAGUAUCCCUUCUGAGCAUGCUUGCGAAGAGCACGCAUCAACGAUGCAAUGCCCUCGCGAGCAUCAUCGGUGUCUUCCUGCAUGCAUGCAAUGCCCCUGACCGAGUCGUCGAGAUGCUGUCUCAACUUGGGCUCUCUAUCAGCCCAUCAUCUAUCAACAACGCUGUCAGUUCAUUAGCACGCAAAGCCGAAUGGAAACGCCGCCAAGUCGGACAGCAGCUGCUUACGGCGUACGCGUACGACAACUUCGAUGUCGCUUUCAAUGUCGGGACACCCACGGUUGACAAGGGGGACCGGUCCCUCGCACAUCUGACGUCUGCCACGAUGAUCCCUCUUGCGCACGAUGUCAAGAAGGAAGACCUUAUGGUUUCCGAUGCGAUCUGGGAGAAGAGCAGGUAUAACCUCAAGAACAGAAGCUCCGCGAGCAACAGCAAACAUACCUCGCACGCUCUGCUGCAUCUUCACCCCGAGGAUGACUCCCACUCGUCCAGCCUAAGUCGACGCCAGCGUUUUCAGGCUUGGCAGUUCAGGCACGACCUCGUUGAGUAUGGACCUUCCUACUUCAAGAAAUUCCGCGGUCAGCACAACGCAAAUCCGCCCGAGAUCAUCGAACAAAUUCCACUUACCAAAACACGACAAUACCCACUCCGUGCCAUGAAUAUCAAUGAGUCCACGUGCCAGGGGAAUGUCCAGGUCAUACAGGACAUGUUGUCCCAAGGUGGUGUUGGUGAACCAUCG